GUCUUUCGUUUUUGUUGUGAAAAGUCUCGUGUGCACGACAGUUUGCGGGGUGUUUUCAAUAUAAAUUAAACACCUUUUGUGGUCCGUGACGUACCAUUUUCGGCGCUCUGUCGAAGUUGUUUGGGUGUGGAAUUGUUAUAUUGUAUUAUAUUAUAUUGAUUGCCCUGAAACACAUAUAGACUGUGAAUGCAAAGUCUUCUGUGACAUAAAAACGCAGGUUUGAGAUCAGGAACUGUGUUAUGAUGAAGAACAGGAGUGAAAGUCAACAUUUUGUUGUUUGCAGGAAGAUUCUCCGACCCAUUUCAUGGCUUCUCAUGGUUAUGCUCAUCUUGCUCUGGGUUGUCUGUGUUGGAGUGCUUAACUUGAAUACAGGAACUGUUCACAUAGGAGAUUACUACAACGUUCAAAUUCUGAAUAACAACGUCUCUGAAAAUAUGGAGAACUGGGAAAAGGUGGGCUUGCAACCAGUAUUCAGGAAUCGAAGGCUCAAAGUCUCUGGAGCGUGCACGAACAAAGACAUAAGCAUUUCACAGAGCUCUAUUUCAACUCCUGGCAUACCUGAAUUCAUAGUUCAGAUCGUCAAUACGUGCAUGUCUGGGUGUUCUCCGUCCCAUAUUCAUGUGCACUGUGGGUGGUUUGCCUCGGCCAAAAUGGUGAAUCCCAAUGUCUUCAGACGCCUUAAAUAUGACGAUUGUCUCGUUAAUGGCGGAAAGCCUCUCAAGAGCAGUCAAAUUAUUCGUUUUACAUACUCCAACACAUUUCUUUAUCCUUUAUCCUUCAAGUCUGCAAGUUUCUGCUAGAUGCAAAUUUCUUACUCUUUUUUAUAUAUAAGUUGAUUAAUUUCAGACACGCUGCUGUUGCUCCAUCAUGAUGAGCAAAUAAUAUAUAUACAUAUUUUGUGAUAAAAGAUAAAGAGAAAGAUGAAAAUGAUGGGUACGUGUUCUCUCUGCAAAUAGUUGUUGUUCAUGACGCAGGCCAUACUUUUUCAACCAUGUUAAUAUUUUAUAUUUGUAUUAAAUGGACAUAUUUUAUAUUUGUAUUAAAUGGACUGUAAACCGUGUAAACCACUUUAUAGAUA